UCUUUUUGACAGAGGGCUUUUUAACUGCAGUGUUACCAUCGGUGUUCUCGGAUCUCACGUCGGAGGAGUGAAUGCAUAGCGUGUGAAACAGUGCCUCAGCUUCGGACUGCCAGAUUUGAAAAAAGAACAGAACGAAAAUUCUGAUCGGUUUCGAGACCGGAGUGACGAGUGGGGGAGGGUCAGUCGAGAAGUUCAGUCAAAUUCGUCACUCACGGCGUCUCGAACCGAUCCGCGUCACCUGUGCUUUUCUCGCGAGGGAUGUUCGACGUUGACGCGGACGACGUGAAGAAGUCUUUGCCCUCCCCGUCGACCCUGCAUCACGUGAUGAUGGGCCUGCAUGCAGGUGCGGGUGGCGGCGGCGGCGCCGGCGCCGGUGGUAACGGCGGCGGUGCUGGAGCCGGUGUCGUUUCGCUCGUCAAGUCUGAAGCCGUCGCUGUCAAGUCCGUGCCCUGCGCGUCGUUUCCCGGCGACGAGCACGUGUCGCAAGGCCGCGAAUUUGCGGAGCUGAAUGCGCACGAGAUCUCGCUGGAUUUGCAGAAUUUGAUCGAGGAGUCGGAGGGACUCUUCACUGACAUUGGCCUGCUUGAGGGUGGAAGCAACAGCCAAUGCACCCCCGCGCCACACGCAGCCCACCAGCAGCAGCAGCACGAACCCUACGCCUCCACCGCCAUGGACUCGGCGCCGACGGGCUACACCGUCUACACCCCGGACCCCGUGACUGCCCACCAACAACAGCUCCUUCUGGCCGCCGCCAACAGCACCACGCACACGAAGCGCCACUCGGCCGUGUCCAUUUCCGCUGCCACGUCCUCGUCCGACCACCGCGGCGCCACGGGUGGUAACAGCGCUUCCAGUGGCGCCAGCAGCGGGAAAAAGAGCAAAUCCUCGCCGGACAAGCGCAGCGACGAGUAUCGCCGUCGCCGCGAGCGCAACAACAUCGCUGUCCGGAAAUCGCGGGAAAAGGCCAAGCAGCGAUCGAGGGAAACUGAAGACAAGGUCAAUGGAUUGGCCCGAGACAACGACAGGCUACGGAAACGAUUGGACCUUUUGAGCAAAGAGCUGAAUGUUCUCCGGUCCUUGUUCUCCACUGUUGGGGUCGUGCCGGAGCCCCUGCACAGGGAAAUCGCCAAACACCUUGAGGCCUUCCAGGCCCAGCACCAGGCUUUGUUAUGAUGAGUCGCCUAUUGAGCGUUUGCCGUGUCUCUUGAUGUGUCGCUAUACUGCUUGCUUGUUUGGGUACAAUAUUCCGCAUUUGUAGGAGGAGAAGAACGAAGGAAACGAACGAAUAGAUGGAGAAGAUUUGAUAGGAAUUCUUCUCAUGAUGGGCAAAACACCACACAUUCAAAAAGGAAAAAAAAAAUCCCAGAAUCCCUGGUCCGGGCGAAUUGAGCGACUAGGAAUCAAAUGUUCUCAAUAUGUACUCUACGAACAAGUGGAAAAAUGAGUUAACGUCAGCUUAAGACAAGCGAGUGAAAUAAUUACCUCUUUGUAAAAGUUACUCGAGGCUGGAACGAGUCAAAAAAAGAAAACGUGAACCAGGUUUAUAUUUUUUCUGGAACAUAUGGUUACCUUGAUUUUUUUAUGCUGCCGUGUUGUUGUUUUUUUUUUAGAGUCGAUGCAAAGUCAGAUCAUCCGAGUAGAGAUCUGUUCUCAGUUAUUCAGUAUAUGCAAUCGAUAUCCGUCUGAAAUUAAUCGUGGUUUUACAAAUUAAAUAUCGAGACAGAUGAGGAAGAGAAUGCAUCAAAUUGCGUGCGACGAUGGGGUUGGAAUAAAUAUACUUCUUGUGAACGUUCCUAAGGUUACCACCAAGCUAGUUAUGGCAUUGAAGCCCUGGUGUUUUUUCUGACCAAAUUUUGUACCUUGAUGAUCGCAUUUUAGAUCAAUGCUUGUCUUUUUUUUUUAGUUUGUAUGGCGUCAGCCAUGUGUGUUUAGAAGGAAAAAACAAUUUUGAGACGAAGCCCGCGACUUCGAAAAUCAACCUCGAUGGCAUGAUUCAGACGCUAUUUUUACCUCGUCUUCGUGCCACCUUUAUUUUAUUUUUUUCUUGUACACUCCUGUCCCCCUAAUAUUUUGGAUCUUUUUAUUCGGCGGAGAAAUGGCGGGAGAUU